AUGGAGAGCACUAUAAGUUUUGAUGACUAUAAAAGCAUUUUUGGAGGUGAAACUGGUAGUACUGUCCUUCAAAAACUAAAAAAUCGUUUUGAUACAAUUGUAGAAUAUGAUGAUUGGGAAGGAGAAGAUUUAAUAGCCAAUAAUUAUAAAUCACCAGAACUAGUGGAAAUUGUAAUUUAUUAUGCUUCAGGAUAUUUGUGCCGUCGUCUACUUAAGACUACAAAAUGCGAGACUUGUCUUAGUUCCUUUUUAACCAACUUAGAUACUUCCAAUUUAGCUGUGGCAGAACUUGUAAGUAUGAAAACAAAAGGUUUUUUAUUGAAUUGCAAUAUUUAUUUAUAUGAUAUUUUCUUAAAUGCUGAGAAAUUUUUUGUAAAAAAUGUAAUCUACUCGGAUUGUUAUGAAAAAACACUCACAGAUAUUAUUAUAAAUGUGAACUUAAAAUGUCCAUGCAAUGAACAUAAAAGCAGUGUUAUUGCAAGUUCCUUACAUCAUUAUAUUCGUAUGAGAAUGAGACAAUAUGAACGGGAACAAAAUCGGUCAUGUAAAAAGAAAUCAAGAGACAAAAAAAAAGAAUCUAAAGUAUAUGUUACAUAA